CACGGAAUAUGCACUCUGUUACUAAUUAAGUACAGAUAAUUAAUACUUUUCAUUUAGUUAAGUGAUACAUCUCUCUAGUAGGCGACGACAUGGCAAAAGCAUAAGUUACUCAUAAACCAUGAAAUGUCUACAAAAAAAUGUGUGAUGUUUGUUGCAAAGAAUUCAAAGGAUGGUGUAAGUCAUUCACAAGAACAGAAGCAAUACUGUCCGCUUUGGAAGGUGCGCUGCUAUUGCUAUUUAUAGGGUUGUUGGCGUUUCUGAUACUCCACUUGUUGGUCUGUUACGACCCUCAUCACCACGACAUAAAUAUUAUUACCACUAGUUCUACUAAACUUCCCGAUUCAUAUGAAUCUACCGGAACUAUUGAACGCGGUAAGACAACCGCCAGCAACACACAUAAAAGCCACACGGAAAUAAUUGUUAUUACGAGCACCAAAGCUCGCAACAAUCCGCCUCAGAAUAAGGAAUGUUCAUGGACACCAUCCAAGAAAACCAAAGCCACUACACGUUAUUUUGAAAUUAGUGUAUCUAAUCAAACCGCACGUCACGCCAGUAUCGAAACUACAGAAAGAGUUAUUGUAGAAAUUCCAACAGUCCCGGCUGAGGAAUCGGAAGGAGAGGAACCGGAGAUUGUAUACAAGAGCCUAGUACUGGCGCUGGUCAAAACGAGACCGCAAAGGGAGGUCGUGUUCGGGUGUAUCCUCACUAUCGUGUCGGAGUACUGGACGCUCACCGCGGCCAGCUGCAUCGAGGCCAUAGAAGAGCUCGAUUCGCUGGACUCCUUCGUGAUAAUGGAGAGUCACGGCGAGCUGGCGAAUGGCGCCACCCACGCCAUCGCGGACGUGCAGAUAAAUCCAUUUUAUCAGGGAACCAACGAAAGUUACGAUCUUGCCGCUCUGAAAAGCGACUCUUCUUUACUGAGGAGGAACGGAAAGUCCGUGCUCUUACCGUCGAUGUUAGAUUACCUCCUCAUCACCACUGGCCAGAGAUUAACCAUAUUGGGUUACGGCAACUACAGAACAAUGAGCAAGAAUGUAUCGGGGCGUAGACUGAGAGAGGUCCACGUGUAUAGCAUGCCUGGCGCGCAGUGUGCUCGGAGAGGCGAGGAGGAGUGGUGGGCGCCGCGCCACCUGUGGGACCCCGCACCGUUGGGGGCGGAACAGGGGGCAGGGGAGAGCGCUUGCGCAGCGUCGGCGAUAUGCGCUGGCGGGCUAUACGCUCGCGCCGCGCCCUGCUACUACUGCGCGGGCACGCCGCUGCUGGCCGGCCGGGUGCUGCUCGGCGUCAUGUCCGGGAACGCGCAAUGCGGUGUCGCCUGCGAGCCCGCGCUCUAUGUCAACGUAGCCGCCGUACGCGACUGGCUGGACUUCGUUAUCGAGUCCGAUUGAUGCGCGAUGCUUUUGACUGUUGAGAUAGUUUGUUAGUAGUUUUAUUUAUGAAGUAAACGGAUCUACAAUAUAUGUUUUAUAUUAAGUAGGUAUGUGUUUAUUUAUAUUGUACUAGCG